AUGAACGAAUGUUUGAAGUUCGAAUUUCCUGACGAGUUAUGCAUGACUUAUGCAAUUUAUUCACAUAACAUUGAUUUUGUAUCUUUUUUGGCAAAUGAAUAUGAAUUAGAUAUCGAUUUACUUGCUUGUUAUCAUUGUCAAAAUCUUAAGGCUUAUUUGGUAAAUAUUGAUAUUACUAAUUCUUUAAACAAAUGCUUUGUUUUUUCACCAUUAUUCAACAUUCCAUCACUUGUUGAGUAUUUUAUCUACAAAGGAAUUGAUAUCAAUAUUGUUGAUAGUGAUGGUGAGUCAGCCCUUUCUUAUGCUGCAAGAAUUCCAAAUACUAAAAUAGUAGAGCUUCUUAUAUCGUUUGGGGCAAAUGUACAUUCAAUGAAUAAAGAUGGAUUCACUCCGUUUCAUGAUGCCAUAAUUUAUAAUCAGGAAGAAAUUGCCGAUAUCCUAAUUUCAAAUGGCGCUGAUGUAAAUCAAAAAACUAAUACUGGAAUAUAUUCGCUUGAGAUAGCUUUAAAUAAUAAUAACAAUAAAAUAGCAGAAAAACUUAUUUUCAAUGGUGCAAAUAUCAACGAUAAAGAUAAUGAUGGAAAUUUUCCACUCAUUUUUGCAAUUCAAAACAUUAACCAAUAUCUAACAGAGCUACUUAUUGCAUUUGGUGCAGAUGUUAAUGCUACGGAUAAUAAUGGAGUUGGAGCUCUAUUUCAAGCAGUGCUUGAGAAUAAUAAAGAAAUACUAGAACUCCUCAUCUCUCAUGGGGCAAAUAUCAAUGCAAAAAUUAAAGAAGGUAUUGCUGCUCUUCAUGUUGCAAUAGAAAAAAUAGAUAUAGCAAAACUUCUAAUUGCAAAUGGUGCAGAUUUAGAUGCCAGGGAUUUUAAAGGGGAUACGGCACUCCAUCAUGCCGCAUUUGCAAAUUGCUAUGAAGUUGUAAAACUUCUUGUUAUUAAUGGUGCGAACGUCAAUGCUAAAAAUAAUGAAAGGAUGACUCCUCUCCAUUAUGCAGCUCGGAGCAAAAAUAAAGAAAUCGUAGAAUUUCUUAUUUCAAAAAAUGCUGAUGUCAAUGCCAAAGGCAAUGGUGAUGCAACAGCACUAAUGUGUGCAGUUAACAAUAAUAAUAAAGAAAUUACACAGCUGCUCUUGUGGCAUGGUGCAGAUGUCAACUCAAAGAUGGUUGAUGGUUCAAGUGCUCUUUUAUAUGCAGCUGAGAGUGGUUAUACAGAAAUUGUAGAAAUUUUUAUCUCGUUUGGUGCAGAUCCAAAUGUAAAAACUGAUAAAGGGUUUGAUAUUUUGCAAUAUGCAAUAAUUAAAGACUAUACAGAAGCAGCGAAAAUUCUUAUUUUGAAUGGCGCAAAUAUCAAUACCAAAGAUAAUCAUGAUCUAACAUCUCUUCAUUAUGCGAUAAAAAGAAAUAAUAGAGAAUUAAUAGAGCUUCUUAUUAAUCACAAUAUUGAUCUAAAUAAGAUUGAUUUAACUGAGUUGCUCCCACUUCAUACAGCUGCAACUGUAAAUAGUGUAGAAGCAGCAGAGUAUUUCAUUUUAAAUGGCGUAGAUAUUAAUGCAAAAGAUGAUUUAGAUAGAACUGCUCUUUUUUAUGCAGUAUUUUUUAAUAGACUAGAUAUUAUUGAACUCCUUUUCAAAUACGGUGCAGAUGUAAAUUCGGAGACAGAAAAAUCCCAAAAUCUUCUUCAUUUAGCAGCAUUUAAAAAUUAUAAAGAAGUGUCGGGACUUCUAAUUUCACAUGGCAUAGAUAUCAAUGCAAAAUCAAUUUAUGAUAGAACAGCCCUUCAUUUUGUAUCUAUAAAUAAUAACAAAGAAAUUGCUGAUCUUCUUAUUUCACAUGGUGCAGAUUUAGAUGCAAAAGACGAAAUUCAAAAAACUCCUCUUCAUCACGCAGCCAUCAAUAACCAUCAAGAAAUUGUAGAACUUCUUGUUUCAAAUGGUGCUGAUAUUGAUGUUAAAGAUGAACAUGGAGUAACACCUCUUCAUUAUGCAUCAAGAAGCAACCACAAAGAGACAUCAGAAGUUCUUAUUUUAUACGGCGCAGAUAUUAAUGCAAGGGAUAAUAACGGGCGAACUGCUCUUCAUUAUGCUGCAAGUAAAAAUUGUAUAGAAAUAAUAAAACUUUUGAUCGCUUAUCAUGUGGAUAUAAACGCAAUUGAUAAUGAAGGAAAAGCAGCUAUCUAUUAUGCAUAUGAAAAUGGAUAUAACGAGAUAGUUGAUCUUCUUAUUUCAAAUGGCUCCACCGGAUUAGAACCAAUCAAAACAAUGGAAGUUAUUCUAUUUUGUUUGUUUUCUAUAUACAAUAGUAUUACUGAUAAUUAA